GUAUAUAAUAUAAUUGGUAAAUAACAUCCUUUAUUUCCCAAUUAUAUUAUAUACAGAUUUUUAGAAAAAUGAAAAACUUGUAACUGAACCUGAACCGGGAUUUGCUGUAUUUUUCAACACCAUUAAAGCUGCUAAUGUAAUGUAAUUUAAGACCAUUUUAGAUCUGGUUUUUGUGAGUACCUUUGCGUUUUAAACAUUUGUCUUUAUGAUGUUCGAUCAUUUCCUUGAUUGAAGUGCAGUUUGCAGCAGAUAUUAACACGUUUUGCUUGUGAAAUAUCAACUAACUUUUGAUGCGCAGAGCGUAUGCCUGCUGAAAACUUGAAAAUAUGCAGUAAAUUUAUCGAAUUGUUUUAAAAGGGUUUUUUUAUAAACCCGCAUUUGCUACUUUACACAAUUAUCACAUCGUAUUAUUCUAUAGCAUGACAUAGUUUUGCGUCGGAAUGUGGACUAUGCAUUUGCGUCGAACUAAUGUGAAAUCUGAUUUUUUUGCUGUUUGCUUAUGAAAUGUUUGUAAUAAGCACACACUCGCAACGUAUGAAGGCUGAUGCAGCUUGUUCUUGUAUGUAUGCCAUACGGAAAUCUGUAAUUGUAGAUGAAACCUUCAAAUUUGACAAAAAACGAUUAACGAUAUUUACCAUUUACAACAUGGAUAUGAGAUGUCUGAAAAUCGAAAGGCUUUGCAAACUAUAAAUAUAAAAAUGGAUUAAAAUAAAGCUACAAAAAUCUCAAUAUAGUAGCAAUAAAACAGGUCUACACCAGAAUAAUACAUUUAAAAGUCAUAUUUCUUGCUCCUCUUUAAUUCAUAAAAUCAUAAAUCUCCUGUCUCAAGGAAUUUUUAUUGGAUAUUCAGCCGUUUCCAUAGGCAUGAAUAUUAAGGCAUGGUUCUAUGUUGUUUUAAUUUUGCGUGCAAAAAAGCCAGUGAUAACAUCAUAAUAAGAAAGGAAAGCUGAUCCACGAUUUAACACCGUGAUUAGUAUACUGUCAGCAUAUUUGUUUGAAUCAAAGUGCAAAAAAAAUAAAAAUCAAAUGCGAGGGGUUGGGGCGAGCCUUUUAAUAAUAAAUUUGAAAUAUGACACAUACUUAGCCAAUUUAAUAUACAAAUGUAAUGUAACGACUUCUAGGGGUAUAGAGUAUAUAUAUAUAUAUAUA